UCAACAGUUAGUGUCACAGUCGCUUGUUCGUAUGUCGUAGGUCGCUCUGAUUAGCAUAACACGGCUUUUUAAAAAGAAAGGAAUUAGUGUUUUCUUGUAAUUUGGACAGUACUGGCAUUUAUGGAACAGAAGCCGAUAGUUCCUGUUAAUUCGGGGCCAUCUGUCCAGUACUGUUGUGUCCUAUUGGAGCAGCUGAAGAAGCACCUUUGCAUUUUAUAUCAAGAGGCUCAGCUUCUUCGUAAUGUGGAAGAAGAAUUUAUGCACAGAAAAACAGUUUUCAAUGAAUGCAACAGUUCCAUCAACAAUAGACUGUUAUAUUUGUGGGCACUUAGUGAUCAGCAGCAGCAGGACAGAACAAAAAAUAGCAUGCGUAAUUUCUUGAUACAGACUACCAAGAACUGGAAGGCGACAGAGGAAAAAAUUGCACAAGAAUCUGUCAGCCUUCCUAUAUUCUGCAGAACAUCUCCAACUGUUCGCAGUACCAGCACAGCAAGGCCGUUUUGGUUAUUGUUACAAGGCCAGAUCAGUCAAUCAUCCAGACUGUUCCCCUUGCAACUACUGAAAAGGCUGCUGCCCCUCUUCAGGAACCACACAUUUGUCUGGCCUCUCAACAGAUACCCCUCCGUUGUGGUUGCACCUACGGUACAGCUAUCUGUAUCGCUGAGCCACGCAAGCCUCCCCUCCAAUGGCAAGGUCCAUGGUUCAUAUAUGGAGGAUAGCUAUGAGAAUAUUACACUGUCUACAAUCUUGGAGAAGACACAGUAUGUAGCAGACUCAACAAAAUAUACAUUUCAGACUAUAACAGCACAUUUUCUAUGUUCAAGACAUGCUGCCUACCUUUAUAAUGAGAUAAUGUGUGCCAUUGCACGUCUGUCAGGCUACAUAGCAGGCGCACACUACUCUUUGCUGAUGUCCAGGCUGACUCCCUAUCUGCUGAAGUUGGAUGCCACACUGGAGACAGUUGUCAAGACUGGUAGCUCUGAAGGUGUACAGCCCCCACCAGGACCCUCCUCUGGAACAGAUCUGGAGGACAGCAGCCAGGCUGAGCAGAAAGCCCACAGUGACCACAGCUGUGCCUCUGGCCCUACAGCACCCAGCUGUCGGGAUCCUAUGUUUACUGUUGAUGGAAAGCUUGCUCCUACUGUUCAGGUGCCAGCACAGCUGUGUGCUGGGCCAUUUCCAAUGCCGAUGUCUGUACGUCUCCAACGCUUGCUACGGUCAUCGGCAUCCCAAGUGUCACUCCGUACGGCCACCAUACCAGCUAAUACAACUGGCACUGCAUCCACUAUUACUGUCAAGGCAGAACCUCCAGAUCCUGAUGCAUAUGCAUCACCACCACAUGCUACUGUCAGAACCAUGAGUGCUUUGGAUAACAGUGAGGAGGAAUGUGAUUUGCUGCCCAUCAAGAUGCCCCGGCUGGAGUCUGGCCUCUUGUCACCGCUGCCAUGAGUGUAUCCUGCAAGUGGCAUCCACUAUUAGUCAUGACAGCCUGAUGAUGACAAGUGAAUCUGCAAGUGUCCAGCUAUCCAGUCUGACCAGUGCCUGCUAUGGACAGGCAUUUCAUACAUGUUAGCAUCCAGUUUAGAUUAUGUUCCUUGGAAAGUUCUUUCACAGCAGAAGUAAAUGUUUAUUGAGUCCAUUAUGAAAUUUGUUGUGAUCUAUGCUUCAAUGUCUAAAUUUUUCCAUUGCUUAAUGUAUCGAAUUGUCUUUACUUCAUGGGCCAAGAGGGAGUUGGCCUAAAUAUUGCUUAAGUGAUCCAUGGUUUUCUGACACAUGAUCACAUUUCCGGUAUAUCAGUAUAUCUGCACUGUCAAUUUUAAGCAAAAACAUUAGUAAAGGAUUUAUCCUGUUAAAAUAUUAUACUUCUGAAUUUGUACCUUUCAUGCCCAAUUAUGUGAAGUUUCCAUGUCAUGCAUCCAGCUAACAGAAAAAUGUUGUACUAUUCUGUGAAUUACCAGUGCUAUACACAACAGCUGUAAAAGCUCAUUUCACAAAACUGACUAAUGAUGCUGUUUCAUGAUGGAAAUGGGAAAUUAAUACCCUGCAAAUAAACUUUUUGUUUUCACAGUUGUAUUUUUACAAGUAUGCUUAUAGUGCUUAGUGAAGCAUUAUUGUAUGAAUGAUGUUCAGAACAGAAAACCUAAAACCUGUAUUUUAGGUUGAACCUUUUGGAAGCACAAGCUUCAUAGGUUUCUGAUUAUAUGGAUUUUGACUUUUUAUAUUUUCAUAUUUGGUUUAAUCACUGCCAUCAGAAGGAGACAGUCGAGAAAUAAGUGCACUAGCAAGGCACUUCUAAUGUUGUUACACCUUUACAUACUGGAUAUCUGACUUGUCUGCAUAUUUAUCACUAGUGUACCUUGAGACUGAGCUGUAGCCAUUUAUGGAGUAGAACCACAUUCAUUGUGAAAAAGUACAUGUGUCAUAUGUUCCCAUUACAAGCUGAGAGUACACUAUGUCAUGCCAAAGUGGGCUAAUCUUAGACAGCUACCAUCCUUGUAUGAGACAUUGUGAAUAUGCAGAUAUGAAAUAAAAUUCUUAAAAAAUUA